CCUCGUCCAGGAAGCCCGUCCUUACCACUCCGAUCAGUCGCCGUUUACUUCCCGCCCGCGACGGUCAGUUCGUGUUAACGACCGCUCGUGUUUGAUUUCUCUCCCCUCGUAGUGUGCGAACGUUCAGUGUGUGACCCUCUCUUCGUGUUGUAUUCGCCCUUGUGACAAUCUCUUCCUCUGCUCGUGCUUUUCGUAUUGAUGAAGUGAAAUGGCCUCAGUCAUUGGAAAACCUAUUGGAUUGAUUAACUUGAGCGCUAACAACGCCGGCCUAAAGCGUCUUCACAACGGAACUGCAGUCAUCGUAACUUCGCCCUCCCAGGUAUCUCCUAUCCCCGUUACUCAGAUAAAGACCGAAGACAGAGGUACCGUCCUGGUCACUAACAAUAAUAACACCAACAUCGCCAACAACAACCCCAAUACAGGCUCGGAGUUGCUGCGGUGCAAGCGGAGGAUAAAUUUUGCAUACUCUAACAUGGCCAACCAUCAACCAGCCUCUGUUGCGCGCCGAAAUGCUCGUGAACGAAACCGUGUAAAGCAAGUCAACAACGGAUUCGCAACCCUACGUUCUCACAUUCCCGUUCAGGGCUCUUAUAAUCAGAAUUCUUCAUCUAGAAGCUCGAAUAAGAAACUCAGUAAAGUCGAGACCCUUCGCAUGGCUGUAGAGUACAUUAGAUCACUGCAAGAACUGUUGGACGGUAACACACAUCCAUCCUCGAGGGACCAAAGCUAUUACCCGGAAGACUCCUUCAAGCUUGAGUCAAUGUCCCCGACGUGCUCUGAAAACUCUUCUUCACCACCACCCUCAUCCUAUACGUCUGAGGGCUCUUACAAUACGCCAGCCUACGCACCCAUGAGCCCGGAGGACGAAGAUUUAUUAGAUGUGAUAUCCCUUUGGCAGCAGAGCCAGUGACGUUUUUAUGUCAAAGGUUUCGUAUGUUGUGUUUGGGAAUCCCUUAUAACGGAACUCCUAUGGACGAAUUGCAGAGUAUUUCAAAGCCUAAACCAACAUGGUCUUGAAUCGUUGUUAUUAUUUACCUGAUCUCACACGGACUCUUGCAAAUAUGUUGUAAAUAGAAGAAACUACGUGAUCAGUCGGUUCUAUGACAUGACUACCCGAAUGGAUUAACAUAAGCCGAACUCUCGUGUUUGCAAAACUCCUUACCCAAAAAUGUGAUUGUUGUGUAAUUAAGUGCCUCCUCAGAAAACGACGGCCUUUUGUUAUUAUUGUUAUCGAAUUCAGAUUCUUUUUCCCUAAUGUAUAUUAUACUUUUUGACAAUAUGCGUCCGUGUAAAGUACAAGUGGCUGGCUCAUAUUUUCUUAGUCUUCAUAAGCAAAAUAAUGUGAAGCAAGCGCAUCUAUUUUCGAUCACUUUUACGACCAAGAAAAGAACCCUUUGUUUCACUAUUGAUCCGUGAAGUGCCUUUAUUCAAUAGCUCCCGUACAGUAUCAUUCCUUAAAAAACUGUUUUUAACACUUUCCCCCAAAGCAGCUCUGUGGUCGAUAUUAGUCGUAUGUGCUUCAACUUCAUUUUAAAAAGCAUUAAAUUCAUGUGCGUCUUAUAGUAACCAUAAUAGUGAGCUGUAUUUGCAAAUUAGGUUUCACUGCCUUUGGAACAUUCUGGGCUGGCAGUUUCAUGCUAAUAAGUCUCAAAAGUAAAUGUUGAUCUUCAAUGAUAUCAUAGCGCUAUGACUACGUGUCGUCGGUGUCGUUUCAAAACUCACGUCACUCUCAAACUGAAUAAUUUAUACUCAUCACGCACAUACCAUUGCAUUCCAAUGCAUGACUCCGGAACUUAGAUUUUCAAUAAAAUCACUCAAUGUCUAGUCAUUUUUAUUAAGUGCAUUUUUUAAUUUAUUAUCGCUCAUUAAUUUUGUAAACUUGUAUAAUAUAUCUUAUUUUGUAUAUUUCUGUUCAAAUUCGUUUCAUUGAUAUUCCUUUUAGGUCUGUUAAAGUUAUUAAAAAAUCAGUGCUUUAAUUUUAUUUCCUCGACAAAUACAUGUCUUAGUGAGCUACCGCAUUGCAGGCACCACUAAAUUUUCCAAAAAUGAUCAGCACAGGUAGUUUAGGUAAAAAACACCCAGAGUAGUUUUUAGCUAAACUGGUCACUCGCAUUGUCAAUGCGAAUGUGCCUUUGCCAGGUGCCUUUGCGUCUCAUCUACUAUAUUUUCUUGAAAAAGAAAAACAAUUUGUAUUGCAUUUCUUUAGAGGUUUUCAUCCCUGCAUUUUGUUAUCAAAAUGUUUUCCAAUACUUAACGACUUGUGAAUUUCUUAAUGUGGCACAUUAAUGAGGGGGUUGGAGGACAAAGCGUAGGUAUAAAUUCAGUUUCUGGAAAAAAUGAGAUUAAUGAUUUCAAGUAAAACUAGCCUGAAUGCAUAUUCUGUGAAAAAUUCACUCCCAAAUUCCAAUUUUUAAGCAUCAAAAAGUCAGUUUGAACUUUCUUUCCACCAUAAGGAUCUAUGCCGUUUCGAAACUUCAAACACGUUUUUCUCGAAAGAGCGAAAACUGCUAUUGCGCGACUUGUCCUCCAAACCUUUCAAAUAGUGAAGUAUUUUUUACAGAUAUGAAUAUUUUAUAAAAGUAGAAGCUUGACCUUCAAAACUUUUUAAUUUCAUAGAAGAUCUUUGAUUGUUUUUAAUUUACUUUUAUUCGCACACAUGGCAUUCAAAUUAUAUUUUGCCAACAAAUCCGUGCAAUUUGUCAACGAUUUAAAAAAAAAAAAAGCACCCAUCAUAAUAUUAGUAAUCGGAAAUCCUAGAACAAAUUAUUUUAUAUAUCUUUCUUCUUUGGUAAUGUUUUAAUCACUCACGCAAAACAUGGAUAGUCAGCUUUGCGACAUCUUUUUAAGUGCAUGUUGAAGUUAUUCCUUUUGAUACUUUUAUAUUUUGUACAAAAUCAAACCAGUGAUAUUUUACCUACUGUUGUUGUAAAAGAAUUCCCGUUCAUCAUGAUCAAACAAUAUCAUCAGUAUUCUAGAUCCAUGUAACUCAUAAGACUUUAGAAUAAAUUGAUCCAAAUAUUA